AUACCAUACCAUCCAUUUUUUUUUUCUUCAAAAAAGGACUAUUUAUGUCUGUCUUUAAUAGGCAGCAACCAUUUGCUGUAUACCCUCACUCAGGAUGGAGAUGGAGAUGAAGGCUCUGGUGAGGAUGACAGUCACAAGGCCUUUGACCCCUGCAAUCACUAUACAGCACUGGACCAAGCCUGGAGAGCCACAAACUACACCACCAAGAAUGUAGCUUGUGACCGUCGUGUCCAGUGGAAGGGCUGGUACCGUCUCUUCUAUCGUGGGAAGCCCAUUCAGAUGCCUGAGAGGUGUGUGAGGAAAGAAAUGUGUGGCACGCACUCCCCACUGUGGCUCGUCGGAGGUCAUCCCCGGAUACGAGAUGGGGUUGUCACCCGUAAGGUGUGUGGAAACUGGAAAAACAACUGCUGUAUGUUCAAAUCUCCUCCCAUUCAAGUGAAAGCAUGUAGAGGAAACUACUACGUUUACAAGUUUGUCAAACCGGUAGCUUGCCAUAUGGCAUAUUGUGCAGAUAUUAACACAGUUGUCUGUGGAAAGUGCAGAAAAACUGAGUCUUGCAUCAGCAGAGACAAAAUCACCUGGAUGUGUAAGAAAAACAAAAUGAGAAUGAAAGUAAACGUCCAUUUUUUUGUCACCUACCCGGCCAGCAUCUCAGGAAAAGUGAACAGGAUUAUGUACAGGAAAGUGUAUGUGAAUCAAGGCGGGGCUUUCAACACUCGUACUGGGAUAUUUAGAGCUCCAGUUUCUGGUGUCUAUCAGUUCUUCUUCUCCACACAGACUCGGGGGAGUGGGACAACUGAUCUGUGGCUGGUUGUAAAUAAUUACUGGGUGGCUAUGUCCCAUAGCAAUGUUCAGGGCUCCAGCUCGGUUGGGAAUCUUUCUACGUACAUGACGACUCUGCGCAAGGGUGCUACGGUUUAUGUGACCCAUAACCGUGGCCGCUCUUGGGCCAUUAGUGCAUCCAACACCAUCGUUUUUGGUGGUUCAUUGCUUAUGGUGAGAAAAAUAUAAGGGAAUGUUAAAGUCAUCUGAGACAAAAUUUAGUUUAAUUAGAGGUUAAUUUAAUAGUACCAACUAGCUGGAUUGACUUAUGUAAUAUAUACAAUGGUAAAACAUGUUCUGCUAGAACUGUUUAUUCAUUGCUUUAAUUAUUUUUAAACAUGUCUUGCUGAGAGAGAUAUUUCAAAUGCAAAUACCCUUAACAUUUUUUCUAAGUGCUUUUUUUUUACUUUGCCAUAAAUCUUCUGAAUUUAAGACUAAA